UGUUCUCGAUAGUGCGCAGCGCUGUCUGUACAGCCACACAUCCCCUGCCCUUGAGACCCGCCGUAUUGAGUCAACUCUCGAGUGCCGUCUUGGCGUUUUUGAGGCAGCCGUUGGUACAGGCGGUCUGCAGAUCGGCAUUGUUGGCUAGCAUGGCCACUUUGCUUGCGUUCUGGAGAAGGUCGCUAUAAUUACACGGUUUAGCUGUAGAUAUGGCAAGCAAAGCACUACAGUACAAGCAAAGCCAGCCGGACUUUUUCGGUAGCUAUCUAAGCAUGUUUCUACCAUUCAGCGCAGCCUUGAGUUGAGUGAAAGUGGGACAGCAACCUGCCCUAGCGUCUUGGCACUCAUUGCCCGUAGUGAGCAUGCCUAGGUUAUCGAAGUCGCAUCCGAACUAAAACGCGAAAGAGAGGACAAGGCACAUGGUACAUGUGCGGCCAUCCUGAGUCUGUUGUGCUGUGUGCACACCACUGAAGACGUGAAUGUUGAUCCUGUAAGCGUUUUGUAGAGGUUCUGGAAACGGUCGUGUACAGGGAUCGGUCCCACCUUGGACUGCACGCUAAGUGCCACGCUGCGCCGCCAUCACCAGGGGAUCAUCACACAUGACACACAGCCAUCUGUGAUGGCUGUGUGGCUUACGUCGCGAGUCCGAGAAAGGCGAAGGAGGCGAUGUAGCACAGCAUAUUCGGCGUGCGGAGGUGCGUCUUCG